GCCUCGUCGUCGUCGUCCAUGAUGUCUUCAUCUUCGCCGCCGACGCCGGUCCAGAUUCGCGAGGCUAACGCGCAUUUGGCCGCCUUGCAUGGGCGGGUUGCAGAGCUGGAGCGGCGUUUGGCAGCUGCGGAGCGCACGGUGCACGGCCAGGCUGAGAGCCUCAUCCGGAAGGAUGCCGAGAUGCGCCGGGCGGUGCUCGGGCUUCGGGAGGGCAAGGACAGGGAAAUUGCCAUCUUGGAGGAAAAGCUGCAGUCUUCUGAACAACAUGCACAAAAACUGUUAAACGUGAUCCAGGAAAAAGACAGUUUGAUAACGCAACUGAGGCACAGGAGCCGCCUGCUGACCAAGAUCUGUCGUAGCCGCCCAGUCCUGGAUAAUCUCUUGGCAUACAUGGCGGAAGGGGAGCAGCUGAGUCCUGUCCUUGGGGCACAAAGUGACGCCAAUUCACCAGAUCACAAUCUGUCCCUGGAGACAAACUGUAUCCCAGACCUGGAUUUGGACACCAAAGACUUUUCACUUGGGGAUGACGAGCAGGAUUCAGACAAGACUUUGUUUGGGACAACAGUGUAAACGGACAAGAUACUUGAUUCUCAUAUCUGAAGCCUCUUUUUUUUUUAAAAAAGUUCCUUUUUGAGUAGGGUAAUACCACUUUUUAAAAAAACUCUGACCUGUUCAUGCUGGAGAUGACAAAGUGACUAUUUUUAAACCAGCCACUCUAGUAAUAGUUUUGUGUAUCAGCAAAUUUUUUUGAGUUUGUGGCUUAAAAAUCAUGCCUUUUUCUUCCUACACCCCUUAAUUGGAUGUAGGGUGCCUGAAUCUCUAGGACAAAUUAUGACAGUCCCGGCAUCUUCCAAUAUUGGUUAUAUUUAUAGUUGUGGGAGAUGUAGGGUAGUACUCCAGAUUUCCUAAUCCCACUUUUGAGAAUAUUAGUACAGCCUUUAUUGUCAUUGUACAUCAUGUAUACAACAAAAUUGGUUAAGAGAAGCAGGUAUCUAAAGGGAAGCUGCUAACUUAAAUUAGCAUUACUCUAAACGAGGUUGCCACCACUGCUCUCUCUUUCUCUAUCUCACAAUAUUUUUUGGCUAUAUCCAGCCAAAACCAGUAGCAGUUUUUUGGGAGUAGGACAGGCUAAAUUAUUUAAAAUAUAAAAUGCACAAGGGCAGCAAAUCAUGCCUUUGUUUGAUAGGCUUGGAAAUCCCA